AUGUCUGCCUCAGAACCUCCCACUAUUAUCAGUCUCUCGGAAGAAACCCUAGGAUUACCCUCUGCACCUCCACCUUCUGUAUUGCUUCAAGAACAACACGCUCAAAAUGAGAAUAGUCCUGCGGUUGAAUAUUCCAUCCCUACUGAAGGUCCAACCUCUGUUUCUUAUGAUACAGACUUUCCUUCACUCUCCGCUGCAGCUGCCCCAAUAACAAAGUCUUCUGUAUGGGGUAACCGUUCUGGUGCUGAUCUAAUACGACAGCAAUCUACAAUCAAAAAGUCGGGAAUCAUCACUGAAAUACUUGAAUUGUCUGCUUGCCAACAAUUGCAAAAGAAAGAGUUCGGUAAUAAAACCACAAUUGCUGAUACAGUCAAACGUAUCACAAAUAAGACAAACACCCAGAUCGAUAUGUCUACCGCAACAAAAAGUGGCACUACUACUUUUUUGAUUAAAGGUAAUAUUGAAGAUGUGAUGAGAGCAAAGCGAGAAUUACUGGAUAUCUUGGCUGUUAAAAGCGAAGAAACUAUCCAAAUUCCAGUUUCUGCUCGUCCUUACAUUUUAGGAACCCGUGGCCAAACACUACAAAUGAUCACUUCUAGAACUGGAACGCGCAUUCAACUUCCACCGCGUCAAGAAAAUAAUAUAGAAGAAAAUGAACUCGAUUAUGAUGAGGAUGAAGAAAUGAUGAGCGUCAAAAUUGAAGGUGAUACGAAGGGGAUUAACUUGGCCAAGGAAGAAAUUGCUACUAUUGUUAACGAAAGAGCAACAAAACGGUCCCUUCGCAUUACGCAUAUAGAACAUCAUUUCUACCCAUUAAUCUUUGGUGCACACAACCAACGUAUUCAUCAAAUUAGUAUUGAUACUGGAACAAAAAUUCAUGUUCCAUUUUAUAACGCUUCUGCAGAAGUUGGUGAUAAUCAAGACCAUUAUAAGGACUCUAUCGUUAUUACUGGCGAACGAAAUGCGAUUAAAAAUGCCAUUGAUGCCAUUGAAGAUAUCUAUACGACAUUAAAAAGCACCACACGAAUUCUUAGUGUUAACAUCCCGAAACGUCAACAUAAGUUUCUUAUUGGGCAAAAAGGAUCGACUCUCCAAGAGAUUUUAGAAACUACCGGUUGCUCUUUGGAACUACCUGCACUAUCCGAUCCAUCUGAAAAUGUUGCUAUUCGCGGUCCACAAAAUAAACUUACUUCAGCUUUGCAAAUUGUGUUAGACAAGGCUAAUUCUAUUCAUAUAGAAACAUUAGACAUUUCGCUUUCUCACAAAACCGAUCAGCCGUUGGAACAUGCCAAAAAUAUCUUAAAAUAUCUAUGUAAUAGGAGUAAAAAAAAGAUUGAAUCAGACAAUAGUGUGCAGAUAGUGGUUCCCAGAGGAACAGCAAUGGAAAAGAGUGUAAUAUUGGAAUUCGUCGGUAAAGAUCUUGGAAAUGUAGAGAAUGCAAAAAAAGAAGUUAUUGAUAUCGUUAAGAACCUUUCACCAAGUCAUUUCGCUAUUGCAACCAUUGAGCCACAUCUUCAUCGCCAUAUAAUUGGUCGUAAAGGACAAAACCUUCAGCGUGUUAAAGAAACUUGCGGUGUCGAAAUCAUUGUUCCUGAUGAAAAGGAUGAAAGUCCUGACAUUUUAAUCGUUUUUGAGGGUAGGGAUAAUGAUGAAGUCCCUAUUGAUCGGAAAGAAUCGUAUGUCAAAGACAUUUUAGAAAAAGCAAAAUUAGAAUUGGUCAAAGCUGGCCAAGAUGCAUCUGAUUUUGCUACGCAGACCCUUACCAUUCCAGUAAAAUUUCAUCGUCAUAUAAUUGGGCCAAAAGGAACCACUCUUAAUGGUAUCACCGGUGGUAGUGAUGCACCUGUUUCUGUUAAAUUUGGUUCUUAUCGAACGGGUGCUGCAGAGCGAUCUGCAAAUGCUGAAGGCAAAAAGGUUAUCCAAACACCAAUGUCUAAUGAUAUAGUUGUAAUUAAAGGUCCGACUGAAGAAGUUGAGAGGGUAGUUAAAGAAAUUAAUAAGGUUGUCGAAGAAGCCAAGCAUACCGAGUUUAUGAAUUCUUACACCGAAGAGUUUACCUUCCCUGCACAAUACUCUGCUCAUGUAAUUGGCAAGGGUGGUGCUAAUGUGACACGCUUAAAGGAUAAAUGGAGUGUAAAGAUCGAUAUAGAAGGAGGUGCUAAAGGUGAAGAAAAGAAGACUACACCUGGAGAAAGUGUUAAAGUUACUAUUGUAGGUAUGAAGGACAAUGUCAAAGAAGCAAAAGCCAGGAUACUAGAUCUAGUAGACAAAUUACAGGAUGCUACUACAGUCCGUCUAAAGAUUCCUUCUGAAUAUCACAAAUCAUUGAUCGGUACGAAAGGCCGCUAUGUAAAGCGUCUUGAAGAGAAAUAUGGUGUUCACAUACGGUUCCCUAAGACUAAAGAUUCCAACGAAGAUGGUGAAGAUGAUCUAACUGAUGCACAAAAGUCUGAUGAGGUAAUCGUUAAAGGUGGAAAGAAGGGUGUUAAUGAUGCUCAGACAGAAUUGAUGGAUCUUCUAGAUUACGAAAGAGAUCAUGAUAAUUCAGAGAAUUUUAAGAUUCCAACCCAAUUUCUUCCUCAUAUUGUUGGUAAAAAUGGAGUCAAAAUUACCGAAAUCAAAGAAGAGACAAAAACUCGUAUCGAUCUUGGGCAAGCUGAACCUUCAGAUGAUGAUCCAAAUCAACAGGUUGUAAAUGUCGUAGUGUAUGGAACUAAAUCUGAUAUUAAAAAGGCAAAGGAACUCAUUCUUGGCAUUGUAAAAGAAUUCGAAAGUCAGACGACCAUAACAAUGAAUAUUGAUCCCCAGUAUCAUAAAUACCUAAUCGGACCCGCCGGUAGCCGAAUUCGAGAGAUUGUUGCUAAGGUUGGUGUCCCUGAUGAAAAAAGUGGCCAAGCAGGUAUUGUAAAGUUUCCUCUCCCAGGUACAAACAGCAAUGAAGUCACGCUUAAAGGUGAUAAGGAACUCGUUGAAAAAAUAAAGGUCGAGCUGGAAAGACUAGUUGAAGAGCAGAGCAAUCUCACAGUCGAUGUUAUUCAAAUUCCACGCGCCCAACAUCCUAUCAUUAUUGGGCGUAAUGGUAUUCAGCUUCGAGAAAUCCAAAGUCGCUUUAAUGUGAUGAUUCAAUUUCCUGGCUCUAGAUCAUAUAAUGAUACCCCUACUGUGAGCCACAUGAACAAUAAUAUAGAAAAUAGCGAAGAGGCUGUUAAGAUUAUAGGAAAAGCGGAAAAUGUUGAGGCCGCUAAGGCUGAUAUUUUGGCCAGGAUUCGAUAUGUUCAAAUUAAUGUCCCACGUAAAAUCCAUAAUUCUCUGAUUGCUAACGUUGCCCGUAAACUUCGAAAUGAAUUCCACGUUACAUUAGAUUAUGAUGAUGGUGGUGCACAGUCUGAAAUAAAUCUCUCUAAAAAGAGUGUCAUGAACGGCAUUGCUACUAAAAGAAUUGAUGACGAUGAAAAUUCCGAAAAUAAAGCUGAACUUGGAUGGGAAGUAGUUGAAAACGAAGAUAAUGCUGGCGAUAUUAUUUGGAAAUUGAAAGGUGAAAAAAUUCAGGUUGAACGUGCGGAAGAGUAUGUUAAUGACUUAUUAAAAGAAGCACGUCGAUUUACUCAUACAGGCUAUAUGACUAUUCCUCAACAAUAUCAUCGGCAUGUUAUCGGUCGUGAGGGUCGUACAAUUUCACGUAUUCGAAAUGAAAGUGGAUGUAAGAUUGAAGUUCCAAAGGCUAAAGGUGAUGAUAUUGUAAUUGUAACUGGAUCUCAAGAUGGCGUUGAAAAAGCUCGAAGCUUAAUGGAAGAAAUCAUUAAUCGAGCUGAAAGAUAG